CCUCUACCGAGUUCAUGGCUCGGCUCUCUUGGGUUUCGCUUUGGCGCGACUGCUUUGGCCACUUCGGCCUAGCAAGAACGCCGGCCGUGCUCAAGCUCACACCUCGCUACACUCCAGAUGGAAGGCGACGGACGUCCUGCUGGACGAGGACGAGAGGGCGUACAACCUCCCUCACCGGAGAAGGUGGCAGUAGCAGCAGCAUUCGCCAAGAAAGUGACGAUCGUCACUUGCUGUCUCACGCUCGGACUGGGACUGUCCAACCGGUAUCGGUACCGAGUCAUGCGCAAUGUCACCCGAGGUGUCGGCUUCACUCCCGAACGAGCCGACCUGUUCACGCCGCUGCUCCAGAUGGAUUUGCUCCGUAAAGGCCACGUCACGUCGAGCGAGCUACAAGGAGCUUGGAAGGAGUUCAUGAGCAAAGCAUCGAGUCUGCCGGAGAAGGAACAACAGAAGCUCUACGAGGCCGGUCAGGCGAUGCUCAAGGAUGUGAUGAGGACGAGGAGUAGUCAGACUGGCGAACGGAGGGCCUUUGUCAGAGGAUUGGUCUAUGGCAGUCUGGCCUCACUGAUCUACGUUCAGCUCGCCUCUAGCGGCUUCAAACGACGCAUCGAAGCAGUAGAUGCCAGUGCGCCCAGACGCGAGCGAUACAUACCGCCAGAUCAGCGAGCGGGUAGAUCGACAGAGGAGAUCGAACUGCAAGAUGCCGAGGAUACUCGCUUGGCAGCUUACUUUGAACGCGACACGAACGCUACCGAGCAAUCUGGCGGGCAAGAGAAUGUGCCUGUACAGGCUAUGUCUGAUUCUGCUCGAUCGAAAUGGGAAGAACUACGAAAGGGUAAAGACGCACAGCAAUCUACUUGGGCAAAGAUCCGAGACGAGGCCGGCAGGAAACGACAAGAGCAAAUGACAGCCAGUCCAUCUUCUUCUGCAAGAGGUCUGACGAGCGAUGAGAGCUCGAGAGACAGGAAUGAUCGCUUGCAGUUCAACGAGGAUCAAGACGAUGCAGCGAGGGAAGCGAGGAAAGAGGCGGAGCGACAACGAUUCGCAAAGCUCAUGGAGGCCGAGCGGAAGGGAGGAGAAGCGGCAGAUCGUAUACAGAUCAGCUGAUUGUAUGCUACCUGCUCGUUCGUCUGCAUCGCUUCCCACUGUUAUAACAACAUCAUGACAUUUUCGCAUUUGAGAAGUCCAUCUCCGGAUGCGCAUCCUGAAACUUGCGUAGCAUCUCGUGCUUCUUUUGCUCGUCAGA